AUGCGGAAUCCAUUCUUCCGGAGAGUUCAGGUGAUACCGAGAGCGCGGAUUGAAGGCGAGCUUGAGCUGGAUGAGGGAGCUCUUCUUUUCGGUGCAGCAUCCACGCCCAACCUAUCCGGGUUACAUCCAAAUCCAGUUCAUAUAUUCAAGCUAUGGCAGACUUUCCUUGAGAAUGUUAACCCGCUAACAAAGAUAAUACAUGUGCCUAGCUUACAGCAACACAUUCUGAAUGCGAGUGGUAAUCUUGAUUCUAUGCCAAGUGAACUUGAGGCUCUCAUGUUUACAAUCUACUGCGCAGCUAUUAGAUCUCUGAGUGACGAAGAAGUCCUGCAAGGGUUUGGAAAGUCUAGAACAGCGCUGUUGGCUCAGUAUCAACAGGCUUCCCAAUCAGCUUUAAUAAAGGCCGGAUUGUUGAAGACAUCCAACAUGGUCGUCUUACAGGCAUUUGUGAUAUUUAUACUAUCUGUCCGUGGGGAAUAUAACCCACACACUCUCUGGUCUCUAAGUGGCAUUGCGGUACGGAUCGCUCAACGAAUCGGUCUUCAUCGAGAUGGGUCUCGUCUUGGUCUAUCUAUAUUUGAAACCGAGAUGCGUCGUCGACUUUGGUGGCAAAUCACCGUUGUAGAUGCUGCAAUUAGCCGCAUGUCUGGCUCAACCUCAUCCCUAUACCCUCUCGCGGAUACCCGCAUCCCGUUAAAUGUCAAUGAUAGUGAUCUGGAUGUGAAAAUGAAAGAGACUCCACCUGAGUCAUCAAGUGCCACAGAGAUGAUCUUUUGUCUAAUACGCUAUGAGCUUGGUCAGUGGCUUGAGCGUCAAUCUAGGUCAAAGCCGGCUGGGUUUGAUGGAUACUGGGAGAGCAUAAGUGGAGGCUCUAUUCCGAUUGAAGAGAAAGACCGUAUGAUUGAAGAGCUUGAGGAUGCCAUUGAGAGAAAGUUCACUGUCCAUUGUGACCCGUCUAUCCCCCUUCAUCUCAUGACCAUGAUUGUUGCAUGGUCAGUACCACUAAUACUACGCCUGGCCGCCCACCACCCUCGCGUUUAUCAUGAGAAAGGCGAACUCCCAACCCAAGCCGAGAAAGAUCUUGUCUUUAAGACCUGCCUCAGCGUGCUUGAGUAUGGCAACAUUUUGCUGACGACCGAGGAAAUGCGAAAAUAUUUGUGGCAUGUAGACAGCCAGUUCCCUUGGGACUCAUUAAUUUACAUACUGGACGAGCUUCGACACCGAGCUAUAGGAGACGAAACUGCAAAGGCCUGGCACUUGAUUGACGUCACUUGUAGCCGCCAGUAUCAUCAGCCAGGGCCUAGAGCAAGGAGUCCGCUGCAUUUUGCCCUGGCGAACUUAGCUGUCAAAGCAUGGACAGCCCAUGUAGCGGAGUGUGAGCGUCGGCACAUGUCUACCAUCCCACAGCCGAACAUUAUUCCAACCUUUAUAGAAUUAACGCAGCAGAAAAUCCUGUACUCGCUUUCUGCUUCCACCCGAGCGGCUACCUCAUCAUCUCAGGACCAAGACCAGCGGAGUAUUCCCGCUAGGGCUGCUACCUUGGAUGCAAGUCCUUUUAGCGCUGUUCCACAGCUAAGGGAGGUCGUCCUACAGAGCACGAACCCAGUGGAAGAUAAUGCUCAUUUUUCCUCUUCUGUGGGACUAGGUCCUGCGGAAAGCUCCCCCUUUGACUGGGCUCAAUGGGAUGCUUCGUUGCAGGAGUAUCAACAGCGGUCAAACAGCUGUGGUUAUUUUUGA